AUGAACCGGGUCGUCAUCCAGAGUCUGACGCUCAUCCUGAGCCAGACCCCCAUCCUGGGUCAGGGGCUGAACCGGACCCCCAUCCUGGGUCAGAGGCUGAACCGGGUCAACAUCAAAAGCCGGGCCGCCUCCAGGGCAAGCCGGGCCGCCUCCAGGGCAAGCCGGGCCGCCUCCAGGGCAAGCCGGGCCGCCUCCAGGGCAAGCCGGGCCGCCUCCAGGGCAAGCCGGGCGGUCAUGCAGGACGCAGACGGCCAAAGCCUCACCGCCACCAUGGUGGACACCAUCCUGAACCGGACCACCCUGGGUCAGAUCCCGAACCGGACCACCACCACCCCGGCUCGGAGGCCGAGACGGACCACCAUCCCGAACCGGACUACCACGCUGGCUCCCAUCCUGAGCCAGACCACCAACCUGGGUCAGACUCAGAACCGGCUCAUCAAUCCGAGCCAGACCACCAACCUGGUUCAGCGUCUGACCCAGACUACCAUCCCGGAUUACAGGCUGAACCGGGCCCCCAUCCCGAGCCAGACCACUACCUUGGAGGCUGAACCGGGUCAUCCGACCUCCCAUCCUGAGCCAGACCCCCACGGAGGUGACCCUGGCUAUGGUGGCGACGUAGGCACCAGCGACGGCAGCUAUGGUGGUGACAUAGAACACGGAGGUGACCCCGGCUAUGGUGGCGAUGUAGGCAGCAGCAACAGCAGCCAUGGUGGCGACGUAGAACACGGAGGUGACCCCGGCUAUGGUGGCGACGUAGGCAGCAGCGACAGCAGCCAUGGUGGCGACGUAGAACACGGAGGUGACCCCGGCUAUGGUGGCGACGUAGGCAGCAGCGACGUAGGCAGCAGCGACGUAGAACACAUAGGUGACCCCGGCUAUGGUGGCGACGUAGGCAGCAGCGACGUAGGCAGCAGCGACGUAGAACACAGAGGUGACCCCGGCUAUGGUGGCGACUUAGGCAGCAGCAACAGCAGCCAUGGUGGCGACGUAGAACACGGAGGUGACCCCGGCUAUGGUGGCGAGGUAGGCAGCAGCGACGUAGAACACGGAGGUGACCCCGGCUAUGGUGGCGAGGUAGGCAGCAGCGACGUAGAACACGGAGGUGACCCCGGCUAUGGUGGCGACGUAGGCAGCAGCGACGUAGAACACGCAGGUGACCCCGGCUAUGGUGGCGACGUAGGCAGCAGCCAUGGUGGCGACGUAGAACACGGAGGUGACCCCGGCUAUGGUGGCGACGUAGGCAGCAGCGACGUAGAACACAAAGGUGACCCCGGCUAUGGUGGCGACGUAGGCAGCAGCCAUGGUGGCGACGUAGAACACGGAGGUGACCCCGGCUAUGGUGGCGAGGUAGGCAGCAGCGACGUAGAACACGGAGGUGACCCCGGCUAUGGUGGCGACGUAGGCAGCAGCGACUUAGAACACGGAGGUGACCCCGGCUAUGGUGGCGACGUAGGCAGCAGCGACGUAGAACACGGAGGUGACCCCGGCUAUGGUGGCGAGGUAGGCAGCAGCGACGUAGAACACGGAGGUGACCCCGGCUAUGGUGGCGAGGUAGGCAGCAGCGACGUAGAACACGGAGGUGACCCCGGCUAUGGUGGCGACGUAGGCAGCAGCGACGUAGAACACGGAGGUGACCCCGGCUAUGGUGGCGAGGUAGGCAGCAGCGACGUAGAACACGGAGGUGACCCCGGCUAUGGUGGCGACGUAGGCAGCAGCGACUUAGAACACGGAGGUGACCCCGGCUAUGGUGGCGACGUAGGCAGCAGCGACUUAGAACACGCAGGUGACCCCGGCAGCCAUGGUGGCGACGUAGAACACGGAGGUGACCCCGGCUAUGGUGGCGACGUAGGCAGCAGCGACGUAGAACACGGAGGUGACCCCGGCUAUGGUGGCGACGUAGGCAGCAGCGACUUAGAACACGGAGGUGACCUCGGCUAUGGUGGCGACGUAGGCAGCAGCGACGUAGAACACGGAGGUGACCCCGGCUAUGGCGGCAACGUAGGCAGCAGCGACGUAGAACACGGAGGUGACCAUGGCUAUGGUGGCGACGGCAGCCAUGGAGGUGACCCUGGCUAUGGCGGCGACGUAGGCAGCAGCAACGGAGGUGACCUCGGCUAUGGCGGCGACGUAGGCAGCCAUGGUGGCGACGGCAGCCACGGAGGUGACCUCGGCUAUGGCGACGACGUAGGCAACGGAAGCCACGGAGGUGACCCUGGCUAUGGCGACGACGUAGGCAGCAGCGACGUAGAACACGGUGACCCCGGCUAUGGCGACGACAUGGGCUACGGAGGUGACCCCGGCUAUGGUGGCGACGUAGGCAGCAGUGACGGCAGCCAUGGAGGUGACCCUGGCUAUGGCGACGACGUAGGCUACGGAGGUGGCUUUGGCGGCAACGUAGAACACGGUGACCCCGGCUCUGACUAUGAAGGCGACGCCUUCUCUGGUGGCUACGCAGACGGAGACUCCGGGACAGACUACCCCGGUGGAGAUGGUCAUGCGGGAUACAAAGGUGACGGCGGCUCUGGAUUUGGAGUUAGCAGUGCGCCGUCUCUGUGCCCUUGUGUCCUACUCUCCCCCACCACAACGACCACGACCACCACGAGCAAACCGUGUGACUGCAGAAGAACCCCUCCCCCGAUCAUCGUGCCGUGUCCGAUCGCUCCGCCGUGCCGCACAAACGCAGUCUCCACGCAGCCGUGUCACAUGACCACCACGUCUGCGAUCGUCGUUCCACACACUUCCCCUGGAGUUCCCUCCCCCACGACCAGAAAAGCCCCUGGGCGUCCUGCCCCCAGAACUACCUCGGACCCUCUGGCUCUGAUAAAGGACCUUGACGCCUUCCCUCUCUCCUACGAGCCCACCAGCUUCUCGACCCGGCUCAGGUCCACCUCAGGGACAACACCAGGAGGUCCUGCUCCUGAGACCGGAACCACACCAGGAGGUCCCACAAAGUCCUCGACUGGAUUUUACAUUUCCACCAGAUCUUCUGUGGCAUCUGGCACAGAACUGCACGACUCUGACACUUCAGAGCUUCUGUCUCUGAUAAAGGACCUCGACGCCAUGAUCUUCUCCACUUCAGGAGGUCCCGCCCCCCGGCAAUCCACUCCAGGAGGUCCCGCCCCCCGGCAAUCCACUCCAGGAGGUCCCGCCCCCCGGCAAUCCACUCCAGGAGGUCCCGCCCCCCGGCAAUCCACUCCAGGAGGUCCCGCCCCCCGGCAAUCCACUCCAGGAGGUCCCGCCCCCCGGCAAUCCACUCCAGGAGGUCCCGCCCCCCGGCAAUCCACUCCAGGAGGUCCCGCCCCCCGGCAAUCCACUCCAGGAGGUCCCGCCCGCCGGCAAUCCACUCCAGGAGGUCCCGCCCCCCGGCAAUCCACUCCAGGAGGUCCCGCCCCCCGGCAAUCCACUCCAGGAGGUCCCGCCCGCCGGCAAUCCACUCCAGGAGGUCCCGCGACCCCCGACCCAUCAGACCUUCUGUCCCUGAUCAAAGACCUGGAGCCUCUGUCCACAUACGAGCCCGUCAGCCUCUCGACCUGCCUCAGGUCCACCUCAGGGACCUCUGUCGGUGUUUCGACCGCGACCACCAAAGCAACCAGAGCUACGGUAACCACCACGGACCUGACGCCGCCAGACCUCACCACGCCUCUCCCGGACCUCACCACGCCUCUCCCGGACCUCACCACCACCGCAGCCUGUGGCACCACACGAGCCUCUUGUGUGACAGUGGACGAACACGGGAACCUGGUACAGACGCCAGACUGCAGCUCGAUCACCACCACCACCGCCGAGAGAACGACCGUGGCGCAGACCACCCCCGAGAAGCUGUGCUGGUGCCCCUGCCAGGCCGGCUGGGAGACCCCUACGUCCUGA